CGGACGCAAGCAGGCGCGACGCCAUUUGCUGCGGCCGAACGUCGGUGAAGGCGGAUCUCGGAAGACGUCCGUCGCUAGACUCCCGCAGACGCGACCCGGUCUCUCGCAGCCGGUUCGUGUCACCCUAUCUCACGCGUCUCCCUUCGGAGGAGUCGCCGCCACCACCCGGAGAGAAGUCGGAGACGCCUCAAGUGCGUCGUCACCGCCAUGCCUAAGAAUAAAGGUAAAGGAGGUAAAAACAGACGCAGAGGCAAAAAUGAGAAUGAAUCUGAAAAGAGAGAGCUGGUGUUUAAAGAAGAUGGGCAAGAGUAUGCCCAAGUGAUCAAAAUGUUGGGAAAUGGACGAUUGGAAGCGAUGUGCUUCGAUGGUGUUAAGAGAUUGUGCCACAUCAGAGGGAAACUGAGAAAGAAGGUCUGGAUAAAUACCUCAGACAUUAUAUUGGUUGGUCUACGGGACUACCAGGAUAAUAAAGCUGAUGUAAUCUUAAAAUACAAUGCAGAUGAGGCUAGAAGCCUGAAAGCAUAUGGCGAGCUUCCAGAACAUGCUAAAAUCAAUGAAACUGAUACAUUUGGUCCUGGAGAUGAUGAUGAAAUCCAGUUUGAUGACAUCGGAGAUGAUGAUGAAGACAUUGAUGAUAUCUAAAGCGAACUCAGCCUUGCACAUUCCAGUUUUCUCUGAAGAUUGUUCAACAGUUUGAAUGUUUAACUGUGACUCAUUAAAAUAAAAGUUUCAUUAGCAGCACAAUUUGCUAAAGCAGA